CGCAUUCAGUCAGCCCGCGACUGCCGCAUCGAACGUACGUCCCGCUCGCGCUGUCGAUAAUCGAUAGAACUGCGAAGCUCCGCGAAUACGAAAAGUGUGUGUCGAAAAAAAGGAUAUUUUUUGUGUGUGACUUGGACCCGCAGGUUUCUUUCGUUUUUUAAGAACCAGUAAUGUCCAUCUAACCAAAAUGGCGGGCGCAGGCGCAGUGCUGCUGGAGGCUCGGCCCUUCCGGCCGUUCAAGUCCUCCGAGGAGUACCUCUACGCCAUGAAGGAGGACUUGGCGGAGUGGCUGACAGUCCUCUACCCAGAGCUGAGGAUCAAUGCUGAUAAUUUCUUGGACAGGCUGGAUACCGGCGUCGCUUUGUGCAGGCACGCAAACGCCGUCCGAGAUUCGGCCCGUCUGAUCCUGGAAUCACCAGCUCCGGAAUCCGAAGACGCCCUCACCCUGGCCAGAGCUCUUCGCACCAGACCGCCCGUGAACAUGCUACCAGCAGCCAAGGCAGGCACGUUCUUCGCAAGAGACAACUUGUCCAAUUUCAUCGACUGGUGUCGGAAAGCUCUUGGCAUCCUUGAGUGUCUACUCUUCGAAACCGAUGACCUAUGCCUUCGAAAGAACGAGAAGCAUGUUGUCUUGUGUCUUUUGGAAGUGGCCAGAAAAGGCGCGGUUCUUGGCAUGCCAGCUCCUCUUCUAGUCCAAAUGGAGAGGCAGAUAGAAAGAGAAUUAGCAGGAGAAGAGUUGCGACCUGACGAUUCUGCACUUGGUUUGGUUCCCCUCGGUCCUCAACCGCAGUUGGUAACGAAUGACUUGAGGAGUCUGGAUGAGAGAGUCAGGGAUCUGGUGGAGAGAUGCUCGUGCCCCACUCAGUUCCCGAUGGUGAGGGUGUCUGAAGGAAAGUACAGGAUUGGAGACACGAGGCUGCUGAUCUUCGUCAGGAUCCUCCGGUCGCACGUGAUGGUGCGUGUUGGCGGCGGUUGGGAUACGUUGGCCCACUAUCUGGACAAGCACGACCCCUGCCGCUGCCGGGCCCAGCACAGGACCUCUCUGUCCGCCCGCCUGGCCCGUCCCAAGCACGACCUUGCCGGCGCCACUGUGACCUACGAACGCCCAGACCCUACCCCUUCAGGCCCCACCUCGCUCCCCUACAAGAAAGACUACGAACCCACAUCUCUCCCAUACCACACCAGCAAACUAUAUAACGAAGAUUCUAGACCCCACCAUUACCAAUCAAACAACAGACUUAAUGAACCCACAAGUUUGCCCUAUUUGGGAGAAUUAGACAGAGCGUCUUCCCCAAGCCGAAGACAUUUGGUGCCAAGAGCAAAUAGUCCGGGAAGGAAAUCUUCAUCCCCGGACAGGAGGGCCAAAGUUGUUGUGUCCAAUCACCUUGUGCCCACUCCUCAUGGUAUAAGGAAUAAAAGCCCCAGGCCUGUUUCCCCGGCGCCUCAAGCAGAAAGUGCUUCAGAUAAUGGUUCCGAAGUGUCUGAUGAAGGGUAUAGGAGUCUGGGUGUGGUAGCGGGGUCAACGCAAGGGUCGCCGUCGACCAAAACGACCAAUAGAUACUCACUACACAGCCAGAACUCUAUUGAAGACGCUGAAUAUAAUGAGCGUCUCGACCAAGACGAUGGCUGUCAUAUGGACAAAGCCGAGCGUGAUGACUACGUGAGUCUCAACACCGGCCUUCGCAAGACUGACUUCUCCGAUACCUUCUACGGUGGCAGGAAGACUUCUCUCGAAGAAAAAUCCACCAGAGGCAGCCCAGAACGCGUCAUUAGCACUGAAAACAACGACUCUCCAAGCAAGAGUCUCAGGGCGGCAAGAGAACUAAACGAGUCUUCAACAAAAACCAUCAGAUCCCGCCAAGCCAGCCGCAUUCCUCACUCCCCAGUGAGAAACAGAACCCCAAGUCGUGGUAACACACCCAGUCCUAAACAUACUCCGAAUCCAAUCCAAACGUCACCAAAAUUAACUCCCAAGUUGCCCCCAACGGCGAGAAAUACUUGGAGCGGACGUACAGCUCCUAAUCAAGUCAAGUCUAAAGCCAGACCAACAAUUGGAGCUGAUACUUUCGACAACCCAAAUAAAUCUCCCAAAGCAAAACCUAAAGGAACACCUCAGAAUGAUGCGUUUAAAAGGAAUUCGCCUUUGAGAGCUAGCAGCGUAACUUUAAGGUCCCCACCGAACCAAAACCAAAAACCCUUAAGUCCUCUUUUAGAACAGAUCCUCAGGUCUGCAGAAGCCGCGAAGGACGACGCAACUGUCUUAGAAAAGAUGAAGGAAAUUAUCAGAACUUAUUCUAAGGGUGAUGAUUCCUUAUCAAGGACUAGUUCUAAAGACUCAGAUUAUGCGGAUUUCACGUCUGCCUGGGUGAUGUCUGAUGGAAAGUUGGAGAGGUCUACUAGUACAAGACAACUGGCUGCACCGAGGAAAGACCCCAGGAACGGAGCUUCAAGAAUACCAGCUCCGGUGUCCAUCGGCUGCAGGAGGUCGACUUCGACGUCACAGUUUCAAUGACAGGGAAGUUCGCAAGAUAGCGACGAGUAUUCACCCAAGUGACAGGGCAAGUGGUAAACUUGAAGAAGUACCUAUAAGGGAGAAUGUCUAUUGGUUGUGUGUUAAGGUUUCCGAUGGUGUCACAAAGACUAUAAAUGAAAGUGUAAGGUUCCGUAUAGUUGGCAAUAUACAGGCUGUUUUGGAAGACGUUUUUUGAUGGAUAUAGUUGUAGUUAUAAGUGGAGUAAAUUAUAUAGAGGUUGCUGUAAAAGACAGAAUUAUUCAAGUCCACAUUAUGCCUAUAAUAAUAUGUAUUUAUCGAUUAGAUAGUAUACCACAUAUCUAUGACGGUAGUUAUUUUAGCUCUUUCGAAUUUUAAACUUUGAUAAAUGACAAAAUAUUGCGAUUUUUAAAAUAGUAGUAGUAUUUUAAAAUUUUCAUGAUAGUGUUAGCAUUCUAAUGUAGUACUAAUUUCUAUAGUAGAAUAGAAAAUUUGUACUAACAGUAACACUACUAAAAUUCUACACUAUAAGAGACGGAAGAAGAAUAGGGAUUUGGGUUGUUUUAAGAAGAUAAAAUGAAGAAGGAGAAGAGAUGUAAGAAGGAAGAAGGUCUACUAAGAGAUGGUGCUAAAAGAAAGUUAUCUUACUUUGACUAAACUUUUAGUUAAUUUAAUUUUACGAAAAAAACGAACGUUUAUUUCUUAGGUUAAGUUUUAUAUUUUGAUUAAAAUAUUAUUAUAACAUUAAUCUUUGUUUGAUCAGAAUUUAAAAAUAAAUGAUUGAAACAAGAUAAUAAUGUUUAGUACUUUAAGUACCUUACGUCUGAAAUGACAAUUUUAAAGUUAAGUUUUAUAACUUACUUAUUUUAUUUUCGUCUUGAUUUAUACUCCCGGAAAUUACUUACUAAAAAUGUAAAAGUAUAAAAAAGCCUUACUUAAUUAAAAAAGCAUUUUGGUAUUGCAUUUAACGAAAUAUCAUUCCAUUUACGCCGGGAUUUUGGCAAUUAUUUUUUUCAGUAAUCUCAUUUGUUGGAGGGUUGUGAAAGGUAUAGAGCUUAUAAUAAAAAAUAGUGUUUUCUGUAAAAAAAAGGUAAUAUGGCAAACGAGUGGAACUUGAUACAUCCAAGACUUACCUCAUGAUAGUAUACGGAAGAGAUGUAAAAAUAAAAAUAUUUUUUCACUCACAAUUAAAAAGUAUAAAUCUUAUUGCCAUAUACCGUCCGGAUUAUAAUAUAUUAUGACUUUAGAUGAAGCUUCGUUCAUAAUAAUGUAUAAUUUAAUGUGUCUAUUAAAUUAGUGUUCGAAGUGAAAUUUUGUCAUUCUACGCUGUUGCAUGCUAUUUUAUAUCCUUGGCUAUUUUUAAGUUGCUAUCUUUGACUACUUAACGCUAUUUUUAAAUAAUUAUACAUAUCUGCUAGGUAGAAUAAAGAAAUAUUAAUUAAAAUGGAAACUUAUGAACAGACUAACUUACAGAAUUCACGUCAAUAGUUUAUGUUUUAUAAUAUUCCAAAGUAAAAUUUUACAAAUAUUAUUUUUUAUUAAAUGUAAUUUUAUUUAAAAGUAGCGUUAUUAUAAAGAUAUGACUUUAAGCUAAAAUAUAAUUUUAAGUUAUAAAGCUCUGCCCUCACGGUCGUCUUUUCACUUAGUACUAACUUAGUUAUUACUAAAAUAAAUUACUUAGUGGAAAGGUGUAAAUUUUUGGUAAUAUUUAUGGUCAUUUUCUUGUUGAUUAUAUUUUAUUUAAUUUAAAUUAAAAAUUAACUUACAUUUACAAACAUAGCUACCAAAGCCCCUUCUAGAGUAUACCUAUAUUAUAGAAGGAGUUUUUUGUCGUGUGGAUUGCCAGAUUCUAUCGUGUGGGUUGUGAGGUGGAUAACCAAUUGCUACCUUAAUGAUUGCUACAUACAUUAUAAUAAAGAAAAUCUACAAUUUGACCUGGUGUCUUCUGAUUUUGCAAUAUAAGGGUGGUAUUAAUAAACUAAUCUCAUCUUCGAGACUACCCUCAAGAUCAUGUCAAUAUGACAGUUCUCAUAUAAAAACAGACUUGAGGGCAGUCUCAGCUGAGAUUCGUUUAUUAAUACCACCCUAGGUUUCCUUACAACUUCUUGACAAGUUAACAUAAAAUGUCCAUAAGUAAUUACUUAAUUUUUCGUCGCUACACAGCCGAUAAGCUUUGACGUGUAAUGCAAGUAUAAUUUAGAGGCUAAGUCUUAGCUACUUAGUUAAGUUUCGUUUCUUCUUCGACAUAAUGUUACCAGUGACUAUGCCAUAGAAAUUGUUAUAUUUCACUGAAUAAACAAUAAGACAACA